AUAUAUGUACUUAUUGGAAUAGUAUCGUAUUUUUAGUCAACUGCUGUUAAUAUAGUUACUAGAUAAUUUGUGAUCUUGUUUCCUCUGAAACGAAAAUAAAACGAGUCUUUAAAUUGUUUGUUUUAUAAUACUACAGAUUUUUUUUUUAUUCCUAUAAUUUUUAUCUUUCUUUAAAACUAAAUGUAAAGAAAGUUUUUUCAAUUCUCAUCUUACAAAUGUGAAGUCGAAGAAGUUUAUAAUGGUGUAUAUAGAUUCAACGUUUGUGAAGUGCGUUGACGCGCCGUUUUGUUAUCCUUCAUACGUCAACCAUUUUGUAACCUUUAUUUCUAAUUUUUAUGAUCCCCUCCGAAUGAAAAAUAAUGUAAAGUUGACGCUGCCCUGCUUACUCUUACAAUUAUUCGAUAAAGUAUUUUUGGUUAGGUUAAUAUUAUGUGUGUAUAGUAUGUAAUUUUAUCGUGAGUGAAAUUUACAUCGCAGAUAAAUGAACUAGUAUAUAAACGAGUUUUUGGGGAUUUUAAAAAGCCGACAAAAUUGUUGGUGGUGAGUCGUAAAAAUGAAGGAGUGAUACAAUAGAAAAAACAUUUGAGGUAACGACUUAGUGAUACCUGGGAAAAAAAGUAUUUGUGACAUCAUGGAAGUCUCUAGUGAUUUAACCCAUCUUUGGGUAGAAGGUGUUGGAAAUGUAAUCCAUGAAGAAGUGAUAUGUGGCCUAGAAGCUGACCUUGCUGACCAAGACAGUGAGGUCAUUGGAGCUUGUGAAGAAGUGUGUGUUGAAGAGACUAUUCAAACAAUUGCUGAUUCUCAUUCAACGACGCACAAUUUACCAUCAGACACUGAAAUAUUAAUGGUACCACAAUCAAGUGAUAUAGAAUCUAUCUAUAUCGUACCCCAAGAUCAAAGUCAUGAUUAUUUAAAUAUACAAGUUACAGAAGAAGUCAUCACUGAUAAUUGGGAUCGUUCGGGACCAGAUGACGGAGUUGAUAUCCCUGAGACAAAAGUUUCGCAUGAUAAUUUAUUAGAGUACGAUGACAUGGAGAUUCCGAUUGAACAAGAUCCUUACACUAAUACACGACCUUAUCCGUGUGAUUUCUGUAGCCGAAGGUUCCGCAAGAAAGCAAAUCUCAUGAAUCACAUGACUUCACAUCAAAACGAUCGACCACAUGGUUGUAAUCUUUGUGGUGCGCGUUAUGUUCGUAAAUGUGAUUUGAUGAAUCACUUGAAAACUCAUGCAUAUGCACCUCCUCGUGAUGGUUCAGAUGAUGAUUUGAAUGAUGAUGAUACUCUUGCUUUAGAAGAAGAAGAAGAUAUUGUAAAGGGUCGUCGUAAAAAGAUUCAGUCUUUUGUACCAAGAAAGCGAAAAAGUAAUGCUACUGUUAUAGCAAAACGUAACUUAGAUACUGAUGCUUUGAAUAAAUUAGAUAAAUUUGGUGGUAAAUCUUAUGAGUACAUCGACGAAGAUAUGCACCUCGUGGAUGAAAUGACAACACGUGGAGCAAAUGCAAAAGCUUCGAGCUCACGAUGGACGGAAUCACUGAUAGUUGCAGAUUCUCAGCCACCGCGAUGGCCCAUUGCCGAUCCUACAAAACCUUAUGUUUGUCAGUACUGUGGAAUGGGAUUCGCUCGCGAGAAAGCUUUAGCAUCGCACUCUAGAUUCCACGCUGGGGAUAGUCCGUAUGAGUGUUCUAAUUGUAGUGAUAUGUUCUGGGAUCCCAAUGCUCUUCGUGAUCACAUGAGGGUCAAACACGGAAUGCCAUCAACUGACAUAGAAUACGAUAUAAAUGAAACUUAUGCUAAUGAAGAAAGAUUUGGACAAUUCUAUUGUGAUGUAUGUGCUGUUGCAUUUGAUCGAAUCGAUCUACUUAAGCGCCAUCGUAAAAUUCAUGUCAAACAAGAGACAGAGGAUGUAGAAGAAGAAGGAUCAAAUCAACAUCAUGUUUGCAAUGUUUGUGGCGAAUGGUUUGAAGAGGCACUCGCGCUUCUCGCACAUGCUGAACUUCAUGCCUCGAGAUCACCGAGUCGUCGAUGUCUUCUUUGUGGCGCGAGAUGUCUUGAUGAUGCUGAAGUUGCUGAACAUGUCCGUCAGAAUCAUGCAGAUGAUGCUCCACCAAAUACAUGUACACUUUGUGGCAAAACGUGUAAAGAUAAACGAAGUUUAUUGAAACAUUCUUGGGUUCACAACGUUGAUAAAACCUUCGGUUGCACCAAAUGUGGAAAAAGUUUCCAUAGUAAAGCUCGGCUUCGGCGGCAUAUGGUCUCGCAUCGCAAUAAAAUGGUUGCUUGUGAUGAAUGUGGUGAAGAAUUUCCUGAUGGACGUGCUCUUGUCAGUCAUCGUCACUCGCACAAUAAAGAAUUGGGUGGAAGAACAUUCCCAUGUCGAGAAUGUGGUAAAACUUUUGGCAGUCGUAGUUCCCAGCAAAUCCAUAUACGAAUUCAUACUGGCGAGAAACCGUAUGGUUGUCGUUUUUGUUGGAAGGCUUUUGCUGAUGGUGGAACAUUGAGAAAACAUGAAAGAAUUCAUACCGGUGAAAAACCGUAUGGUUGUGCAAUUUGUCCUCGAGCUUUUAAUCAACGUGUCGUUCUUAGAGAACACGUGCGUGCCCAUCAUUCGGGCCCCGAUCCAAAAUAUCACGGAACUUUAACGCCAUUUUAUUGCAAAGUUUGUGGCGGUUCAUUUGCUACUUCUGAAGAAAUUGUCCUUCAUAUAGUUCAGCAUUGUGAUGACAAUACAGCACUCCGACGACAACCACAGGUUGGACCAAGAAAAUAUAAGCGAAGACGUAAACUUAAGCCUCAUGAGUCUCCUCUUCCAGUUCUAACUUCAAAGUCGAAUGAAAAUUUUAAUACACUAGAGCUGGGGUCAGAAUCUGAUGAUAAUACAAAAAGAAAGCUUGGAAGAAAAAACAAGCAAAAUCGUUCAAAUGUUGAAGAAGGAUAUCAGAAUGUUUUAAAAAGUUUUGAAAGUUCUUUACAAAAUAUAAAUUCGAUUGUAAAUAAUUCAAAGACUUUAAGUUCAGCAAAAUCAAAACUUGCGAAAAAGAAACUGAAGAAAGAUGAUAAGAAAGUUACUGAAACUCAAUCACAGGCUCAUCCUGGUCGACCGCGAAUGAUACAUACCCAAAAAACAAGAGUACCUGUUGAAUUAGGAACUGAUGGAGCUAAAAAAGGACAGAAAACAAAAACUAUGGUCACUCGAACACCCAAAGUUAUGCCUGCCGAACAUAAACUUGGGAUAUUUCCCGGUGGUGAAAGAAAUCGUCCAAGAACUAAAAAUGUCAGCUACCAUAGUGAUGGUAAAUUUCAAAUUACACCUGCGACAUUUCCAAAGCCGAAAGAAUCAUCUGAUGAUCUUUCGACAGCAAUACAAUCAAUUACUCCAGAAAACAUAAAAAUGGAAUUAAUCGCUUCGUCAAAUAAAUCAUCAAAUAAUUAUGAAAGUAACAAUGGUAAUAUUGAAAGUAUAGGCAGUAAACAAGAAUCACUAUCGAAAAAAAAAGUAAUUGCUAAAGGUAAGCCUGGAAGACGAGCAGUAAAGCAAGUAACGAUAAAACAAGAACCUCAAGAAGAACCUGAAGAGAUAAUUGAAGACGUACAUAAUAAAAAUAACGAAGAAUUCACAUCAUCAGCGAUUUUCAAUCAACCCGAAAUCGAUGGCAACAAUAUGGAAGUAGCAUUUGAAGCCAAUGUAAUUGCAGAUGAAGAAGAACAUGAAGCAAUACUUCCAGACUUGGAUAAUGUUAAUCACACUGAAAACUUAACAAAUAAAGUUAAAUUAAGUGUAAAAGUUGAAUCAACAACGCCGCAUGAACAUCUUAUAUCGAAUGUUACUGAUGAUGUUCCUGAAACUAUUAUACCCGAUGCUAUUGAAUACACAUGUGAAAUGUGCUCUGCCGUAUUUUCAAGCCGCAAUGAGCUUUUAAAUCACGUACCUAUACACAUUUGAUUUGAUUUGUACGUUUAAACGUUCUGAAGUUUCAUCUAUACUAGUUUUAUCAGUGCAGGUUUGUUUUGUUGUUUUUUUUCAUUACGAGAAUUUAUAUACACAUAUAUGAAUUAGGGUUUGUUGAAAAGCAACUUUUUUUUGGGUACCACCAGAAAUUGAUGAGAAAUGUCAAAAUAAAAAUUUUAUCAGAAGAUCGGCUCUUAAAUUCAAGUUUUAGAGGUAGCUUAUCGCGAUUUUUGAUUUUCCAUUUAAAUAACAUGAAAAAUUUUUUUUUAAGUUUGGAAUUUUAUCGCUUACCAGGAAAUCAGUGUAUUGCAAAAAUCAAUAAAUAUUUUUGUUGAAAAUUGUACGCUCUACAAAAAAUGUCUUGUCUUUUUUCGAUAAAUUUAAUUUUUCAAAAGUUAUUGAAGGUCAAAGUUAGAUUCAUAAUAAAUUGUAGUAUUAUUUGGCUUUUUCGGCGAAACUAUCAGAAUUAUCUUAAAAUGUUAUGAGACCUUUCUUAUAGAUCAUUUCAUGUCCUACAAAUUAUUUCUUAUCAAGUUUCCAAAAUUUUUGAAAGUUCUUUAGUUAUGUGCGUUAAAAGUAAGUAAAUAACAUCGACCAGAAUACGAUUUCUUGGAACACAUUGACAUUCAAAUGCAAAUACCUAAAGAGCUUUCAGGAAUUUUGAAAACUUUGUCGAAAAUAAGUUGUAGACAAUGAUAUGAUCUACAAAAAAUGGUCAUAUAAUAUUUGACGAUAAGUUUGAUAGUUUUGCCGGAAAAGUUAAAUUAUACUAAAAUUUACUAUGAAUCCAACUUUGACCUCAAAUAAUGUUUUAAAAAUUUAAUUUAUCGAAAAAUGAUAAGACAUUUUUUGUAGUGUUCAAUUUUCAACAAAAAUAUUUAUUGAUUUUUCCGAUACACUGAUUCCCCGGUGAAUGAUAAAAUUUCAAACUUAAAAAAAAAUUUGUCCCAUGUUAUUUAAAUGAAAAAUAGAAAAUUGCGAUGAGCUACCUCUGGAAUUAGAAUUUAAAAACCGAUCGUCUGACAGAAUUUUCAUUUUGACAUUUCCUAUCAAUUUUUAAUGGUAUGAAAAAAAAAAAAAAAAAAUGUUGAUUCUCAACACACCCUAAUAUAUAUAUAUUGUAGGAGUCAUUAGAAAAGUACGUAAACUAACUUAUAGAAAAGGUAAAGGACAAAAAAAUUUUCUGCUCGUUAUUUUAUUAAUUAAAUUUUUUUAUGGGAUUCAAGUAAGUUUUUCUGAUGAAAGUUUAACUUUUUUUUCGUUUACUAUAAUGUUAAUAACACUAAUAAUAAAAGAACUUUCAAACUUUGUAUUUGUCAUAGUUUAUUCAUUUUUCAAUGAUUUGAAAUAUAUGCUUGCUAUUUUUUUUUAUCAAGGCUGUAUACAACAUUUGUGUAUAGUUAAUUAUAACUAAAAUUUUGAUGUUCCGAUGAGUUCAAUAUCUUAUGUUAUGAAAGCGAAUAAACUUGUACAUUUGUUCAUAAAUACAAGCAUUGAAUAAUAGACAAAUAUGAAUAAGUAAUUUCAUAAGUGGAUUUAGAUUAAAAAAUAGACCUUUAUUAUAUGUCUCAAGUACGGUUUAUAAAGUGAGGUGGAAAAAAUUGAUUGCGCUUCUUACUUUUUGUAAAGUUGAUGAAAUAUCUAUAAUUUUCUUGACUUUUAUUUAUUUUUCAAAAUGCUAAUGUAUGAGAAAUCAAUUAUUAUUAUGGUAAAAUCUUACAAAAAAUUGAAAAUCUAUAUUUCGGAAGAUGUAAUUUUUUUUAGCUCUGAAAAAUUUAGUUAAACUAAUGUACAAUUAAUGCAAUUAACAUUGUAUCGGGUAAAUUAUAAGAAUAUAAAACAUAAUCUAAAAGAAGUCUUUUCUUUUUUUUGUUUCGUUAUUGAAUUCAAUUAAUCUUUAAUUUAUAUAUAUUAUUUUUUACAUCAUUUCAUUUCCCGCUUCCUUUAAUUGCUGCGAAAUAAAUUGAAAGAAAAUUAUGGCUACUAAUUACGAACAUUCCGUUUCAUAAUAUAUAUUUAAUUAAUUUAAUUGAAUGUAAAUGUGAAAUUAAUGUAGACAAUAUAAUCUUGUUUGCGCAACUUUAUACUAUUUAUAAUUAUAAAUUUGUGUCAAUCAUUUGUUUCAAUCAUGAGCGUGAUAUCUAUAGCUCUAUUUCUAUCAUAUGUAAAAUGAUAAAUUUGAAAAUUCGUUUAUGAUAAAUCAAACAUUAAUUAUAAUUAUAAAAUAAAAUUUUGCCUUAAUUGUAUAACGAAUAUAAUGAUUUGAGAUAAAAUAUAAAUCAUUACUGAUAUCAAAGUUAUUGGCAUGGAAAAAAAUAUGUACAUAAAAAUUCAUAUAAGCUAUGUAUUUGGAUACUUAAAACAAUUUAAUGCUUCUUUGAUAUAUAAAAUGGAUAAUUUUGGUUUUAUAAUAGUGACAAACAAAAUA